AGACGAUUCUCCAGAAUGUUGUGAUUGCCAGAGGAGUGACUUCUGAUAAAAGAAAAAUACUGCUCUACCUACACUCAAAAGACAUCCUUUGCGGUGCCAUAGCACAUGGAUUUCAGGACUGCCUGUGAGGAGACAAAGACAGGGAUUUGUUUGCUGCAGGAUGGCAAUCAGGAGCCUUUCAAAGUCCGGCUGCACCUGGCCAAAGACAUUCUGAUGAUCCAGGAGCAGGAUGUGAUAUGUGUGUCUGGUGAGCCUUUCUAUUCUGGUGAAAGAACGGUGACCAUUAGAAGACAAACUGUAGGAGGAUUUGGAUUAAGCAUAAAGGGGGGAGCAGAACAUAACAUUCCAGUUGUCAUUUCAAAAAUCUCCAAGGAGCAAAGAGCAGAACUUUCGGGGCUGCUCUUCAUCGGGGAUGCGAUCCUACAGAUCAAUGGAAUUAAUGUGAGAAAAUGCAGACAUGAAGAAGUGGUUCAAGUUCUUAGGAAUGCUGGAGAAGAAGUGACCCUAACAGUGUCUUUUUUAAAAAGAGCACCUGCUUUCCUCAAACUCCCACUGAAUGAAGAUUGUGCAUGUGCACCAAGCGACCAGAGUAGUGGCACCUCCUCUCCUCUGUGUGACAGUGGCUUACAUCUCAACUAUCAUCCCAAUAAUACAGACACAUUAUCAUGUUCUUCAUGGCCAACUUCUCCAGGCUUGAGAUGGGAAAAGCGAUGGUGUGACCUUAGACUGCUCCCUCUACUUCAUUCUCGUUUCUCUCAGUAUGUGCCCGGGACAGAUUUGAGUCGGCAGAAUGCUUUUCAAGUCAUUGCUGUGGACGGGGUCUGCAGUGGGAUCAUUCAGUGCCUCUCUGCUGACGACUGCAUCGACUGGCUGCAAGCAAUAGCAACUAAUAUUUCAAACCUCACAAAGCACAAUAUUAAAAAAAUCAACAGAAACUUUCCUGUAAACCAGCAGAUCGUCUACAUGGGUUGGUGUGAGGCCCGGGAGCAGGACCCCCUUCAGGACUCGGUGUACUCUCCAAUCUUUCUAGCCCUGAGGGGCUCAUGUCUUUACAAGUUUCUGGCACCUCCAGUGACAACGUGGGAUUGGACCCGAGCAGAGAAAACAUUUUCAGUUUAUGAGAUCAUGUGCAAGAUUCUCAAGGACAGUGACCUCCUGGACCAGCGCAGACACUGUUUCACUGUGCAGUCCGAGUCCGGGGAGGACCUCUACUUCUCCGUGGAGUUAGACUGCGACCUUGCCCAAUGGGAAAGAGCCUUCCAAACAGCAACAUUUCUGGAAGUGGAGCGGAUACAGUGCAAGACAUAUGCAUGUGUACUAGAAAGUCAUCUAAUGGGACUCACCAUCGACUUUAGCACAGGAUUUAUAUGCUUUGAUGCUGCGACAAAGGCUGUACUUUGGAGGUAUAAGUUUUCUCAUCUUAAAGGCUCUUCAGAUGAUGGCAAGAGCAAAAUCAAAUUUUUGUUUCAGAAUCCAGAUACUAAACAGAUUGAAGCAAAGGAGCUGGAGUUUUCGAAUCUAUUUGCUGUUCUUCACUGCAUUCACUCGUUCUUUGCGGCCAAAGUAGCUUGUCUGGACCCUCUCUUCUUAGGCCAUCAAGCUACUGCCUCUGCUGCGGCCAGUUCUGCUACGAUGAGCAAAGCAAAGUACACAACUUGACACCCUGAGUUUUGUGUUGCCACUUACCAU